CGCAGCAGAACAGUAUACUUUCUGGCUUUUCUCAACGUGUGUUGAUCACACUACAGAGAAAUCAAAAACAAUUUUAAAUUGUCUUCGUUAUUCACAAGCAACUAGCUAUUCGUUCAUUAUGCACACCAUCACAUACAAACGCCUGAGAGACGAGGAGCUGGAGGAGUUGCACGUGUGGCUCCGCAAGAACAACAUCAACGGCAAUAAGCUGCGGCGCGAGUUCUCCGAUGUCCUGCCCCUCGCCGAGCUACUGAAGCGCGACCAUCCCCGAAUGAUCGACCUGUACAACUACCCCAAGAAGUGCAGUGUCAAUCUGAAGCUGAUCAAUUGGGAGGUCUUCAACCACAAGGUGAUGUCCAAAUUUAACCUGUCCCUCAGCAAGGACAUCAUGGAGCGCCUGUCCAACGGCACCGAGGGUGCUGCCGAAGUUCUGCUCUAUGAGAUAAUCCGGCUGGAGAAACGGCAGCGCUUGGAGGAGGAGCGCAAUGCGGUACUGCGGCAAGAGCGUGUCUGGGAGGAAAACGAUGAAGUCAAGACCGUGUCGGUUAACAAGCAGAUCGGCGACGCCAUUGUUCAGGUGCCCCAGAAGAUGAUUCUGUUCUCCCUUUAUGAGAAGGUAAACCGCGACAGCAAGGCCAAGGACGACGUAAUCGAUACCUUGCAGCAGCAGGUAACCCACAUGGAGAACAUUCUCAAGUUAAAGAAGGAGCGCAUCGAUGAGCUCCUGAUGCAAAUGGGAAAACUACCCCAGGAAAAUACCCCCAAGGACUCCAGCCGCAACUAUAGCAGCCUUGGCAUCCAUUCGUCCCAUGGUUCGGACAGCUUCAACUAACCUAGAGUGGCUCACUGCAAAAUACUUGUAUUCCUUUUAACGUUUAUAUUUUUCAAAAUCUUAAUGCGAUUUUUAUGAAUAAAUAAUUAUUUACCGA